AUGUCGAAGGAAGCUAUAAAUGCUCAGACAAUUAAAAUUGAACCACCUGAAUAUUCACCAGAAAACAUUAAACUCGAAAUAGAGGAUGAUUUUGAUGAUCCCGACGUUAUUGUUAAAUCUGAAUCGUUUUCCGAAGAUGAUGAUACGUGUUUAGAAAGAUUCAUGAACUCCGAGGUGACAAUUGAAGAAGAAGUGAAACAGGAGUUAGUUGAGACAACAAAUUAUGAAUGUGACCUUUGCAAUAGAUCAUUUGCAGAAUCAGAUCAUUUAAAAGAGCAUAUGGCCGAUCACAUUCCUAAUAAUAGCAAAGAAAGUCCUUUCAAAUGCGAAAUCUGUCAUAAGACUUUCAGUCUAUUAGGUAAUCUGAAAAGGCACAAGCUCACUCACAGUGGUGAGUGCGUCCAUGAAUGCAGUACGUGCAAAAAAACAUUCAAAACAAUAAAUUAUCUGAAAAGGCACAUGCUCGUUCAUAUUGGAGUACUACGCCUCCAUGAAUGCAAUAUAUGCAAAAAAACAUUUACAGAAAGCGGUAAUCUGAAAAAACACAUGCUUAUUCACAGUGGUGAGCGACCCCAUCGAUGCAAUAUAUGCAAAAAGGCAUUCAUGCGAACAGGUGAUCUAACAAAACACCUGCUCAUUCAUAAUGGAGUACGCCCCCAUGCAUGCAAUAUAUGCAAUAAGACAUUCACACAUUUAUUUAAUCUGAGAAGUCACAUGCUUAUUCACAGUGGUGAACAACCCCAUCGAUGCAGUAUAUGCAAUAAGACAUUCACACAUUUAUGUAAUCUGAAAAGUCACAUGCUUAUUCACAGUGGUGAGCAACCCCAUCGAUGCAGUAUAUGCAAUAAGACAUUCACACAAUUAUGUAAUCUGAAUAGUCACAUGCUUAUUCACAGUGGUGAUCGACCCCAUCGAUGCAGUAUAUGCAAUAAGACAUUCACACUAUUAGGUAAUCUGAAAAAACACAGGCUUAUUCACAGUGGUGAGCAACCCCAUCGAUGCAGUAUAUGCAAUAAGACAUUCACACAAUUAGGUAAUCUGAAAAGCCACAUGCUUAUUCACAGUGGUGAGCGACCCCAUCGAUGCAGUAUAUGCAAUAAGACAUUCACACUAUUAGGUUUUCUGAAAAUGCACAUGGUGAUUCAUAAACAAGAGUGUCCUUAUAAAUGUGAAGAAGUAUGUAAUAAGGAAUAUAGUCAAUUGAAUUAUUUAAAAAGACACAUGGCACUUCAUAGUCAGAAGUGUG